AUGAAUCCCCUCCUUGGAAACCACCUCCUGGCGGACAUUACCAGGCACAGGGUUUCCCGCAGUGCCCGGGUCUCCAGCUGGGAUCAGAAGGGGCUGAACGAAGAUGCCUUCGUGGUCUUGCCUGGUGAAACUAUGCUGCUCGCUGAUCUCGAGGGCCCUGGUGCCAUCACGCAUCUGUGGUUUGUCCAGACGUGCAGAAAGAUUCUGGGACCUGGGUUAAUCCCAUACUCGAAGUCCGGGGUGGCCAUGAUGGAGAUUCACAACGCCCUCGGGCUCAAUUACGAAGUAAAUGACCCUGACUACUAUCGCAAAGUACUCAUCAAAAUGUACUGGGACGAUUCCGAAACGCCCAAUGUGCUCGCACCUGUCGGCGAUUUCUUCUGUCUGGGCCACUCUAUGGCUGCGAAUUUCCAGUCGCUGCCAUUCACUGUAUCCGUAAAGCCCUCGGAGGAGAAGAAAUUUGGCGGGGCGGCCGCCUUCAACUGCUACCUGACGAUGCCGUUCAACAAGCGUGCUCGCAUCGAGAUCGAGAACCAGAACGACGAGGCCUACAUUCAGUAUUUCUAUAUCGAUUACGAGCUGUAUCCCGAGCCCCUUCCCGGGAACACGCUGUACUUUCACGCCCAUUGGCGCCGGGAAAACCCAACCAACGGCUGGGCCCCGUCUGGUAUUCAGACAAACGGUCUGGAGACGCAGGUCAAGAACCUGGACGGCAAAGAUAACUAUGUUAUUCUGGAAACUGAGGGCGCUGGUCACUACGUUGGCUGCAACCACUCGGUCCUCCACUUUCAGGGGACCUGGUGGGGCGAAGGGGACGAUAUGAUCUUCAUUGAUGAUGACACAUGGCCGCCCAGCAUGCAUGGCACGGGAGGGGAAGACUACUUCUCCCAGGGCUGGGGUAUGCAGAAGAACGCCUAUCCAUUUUGCGGCACCAUCAUCCACGAGGAAGACGUGCCUAAUUACCAGGUGAGCUAUCGCUGGCAUCUGGCCGACCCCGUCCGAUUUAGCAAAAAGAUCAAAGUUACUCUGGAAUCUGGUCAUGCCAACCACCUUCGUGACGACUGGUCAACCACUGCCUACUGGUACCAAACAUUGCCGGGUCCCAAGCUUGAAAUCCUACCCGUAGCGAGUCGUCUCCCUCGGAAGCCCGAGAUCCUCCCACCCGUCCUGGAUUUAUCUGAUCAGGAGAUAUCCACGCUGAGUUUGGAAAAGAGAGAAAAGUUGACACAGCAUCAAGAGAGGUAUGAUUUGUUCGUUAAGGAUCGGAACGAAUGGUUGGAGCGACGGGCAAAGGACUCGAGAGAACGGGCGAUGAACAAUGUGCAAAUCUGCAAGGAUAUUCGUCUACGGUUCUUAAAAAGCCUUGAGGGGUAG